AUGAUGCAACUAAACAACCCGCAUACUACCUACACUCUUCCCAUCUACCAAUACACACACCAAACCGCCCAAACCAUGACCGACCAAAAACGCUACACCAAUAAACUUACCGACUCGCGCAUCCUCGUGAUUGGCGGUACAUCCGGCCUCGGCUACAGCGUCGCAGAAGCCUGUCUCGAAAAUGGCGCUCUAGUAACCAUCAGCUCCUCCAACCUAUCUCGCAUCGAUGCCGCUGUAUCCAAACUCAAAACCGCGUAUCCCUCUGCCGCUGACCCCAAAAACCCGCGCAUCAGGGGGCUUGCCGUUGACCUAGGCAAGCCAGACACGCUAGAAGAAGAGUUGAAGACGCUGUUGGAGAAGACAGUGGAGAGCAUGCCGGAGAGCAAGUUGGAUCACGUUGUUUUUACUGCGGGGGAUAAGUUGGCGGAUAUCAAGUUGGGAGAUAUGGUGUGUUGA